GUUGCAAGCUUCGUCCAGCACGGCGGCGGCGGCCUCCGUCCUCAACGCCGGCGCUGCUCCCGCCGCAGCUAGCCCUGCUGCACCACACACAGGACCGCCGCCGUCUCGCGACGUACACGCCAUCGCCCCCGUCUCGCACAGGAUAACAGAAGGCAGAGGCAGAGACCCGGCCGGUCCUGUCCGAGCAAUCAGAUUGGAACGCGUGGCCCCGAUCCGCGAGCCGAUCGAUACGGCCGGUUUCGUGGGCACACGGUUUUGGCUCAAACCCGUCGACGGAGCCCAGCCGGCUGAUUAUUCGCCCGCCGUGCUGCAGUGCCGGAGAGGUGGGGGGAGGAGGUCCCGUUCCCCUUCCCGUGUCUGGUGUCUCUUCGCCAGCCGUUUAGUGGGGUGUGCCCUGCUCGCUUCCUUCCUCCUCCGUUUCGUCUCGUCGCCUCCCUCCGUACGGGGAGGAGCAGUGCGCGUACUGAGACAGCAAGGGGACAUUGCACAUUGGCGUGUCGCAGGUUACGACCGAUCGAGCUCCCAGGUCCCCGUCGCGUUUCCUUUGGCUCUCUGUGUUACCACGGCCGGCUGCAAGAGCGGGAGCAGUGCGCGGAACGGCUUUUACUGUGACGCUUGUCGAUGGGGCCCCUGGUACGUUCGUCCGCCGCGUUGGUGCUCGUACGGGUCAGGGAGUAGUGUAUUUCUGGCGGCCAAGCCAAGCAUCCUCCGUCCCCUCCCCUCUAUCUUUCUGUCUGCAGAACAGUGUGACCAGUCAGCUCUUCCUUCUUCCGGCCUCCUCCUCUGCUCAGAUAAGCCCGUGGAAGUCUUGCGGCGGGCGAAACCUCGAUCGGACGCUCGCCGGUCGCCGCUCUCUACAAUCCGUCGCCAUCUGCAGCAUCUUCGCGUGCGUCCUCCGUGCUUCGCCUUGUUCUUGCCCCCCGUGCUAUGAUAUGCAGGUAGAAAUCUCUUAUCCACGGAUUCUCUUGAUCACGGGCUUCUAUUCAGAGAGAAGUCGACAGAUCGCCGGCCUCUCUGCAUGAUACCGCGGGCCCACAGCAGGUCGAUGCAGGCGAUGUGAGACUAGCUCCGGACACAUUUCUUGCCUUUGUUUCAGGUUUUUUCCAUUGGAUGGUAGUAUGGUACAGUCUCAGUUGUACUUGGUUCUACUUCGGUGUUCAUCGCUUCAUCAGUAAUAGAUUUAUGGUUGCAAUCUUCCUCCCCCAAUAUCUGAAUGUCAUUAUUUCAAAAAAAAUAUCUGAAUGUCAUUUUCAACAGCAUAUCACAAAUAAUCACAGAAUAGUUGAUUGUCUCCUAUUAACCACUUCUAGCUUCAGAUUCUUCCUGUUACCUCUUCCCCACUGUUUUUCCUUCCCACCUUUUCAAAAACAUAUUGAAAAUGCGUGUGAAUGAAAACGGCCUGAACCAGUUCUUUUCUAUUCCGUGCCUAUUUGCAGGUGUGGGAUCGACCGAGUAGUGGCACCAGGGCAACAAGCUCGCAACUCCCUUGUUGGUUGAGGGCGCGGUUUGAGGGUGUUUCUCCAUUCCUAGAUGGGCAGGCCUAGAGGAGGAAAGGUUAAACGGCCGACGCCCCAAGCUACCAAGAGCGAGGACACCGACGCCGCCAGCGGCGACGAGGAGACCGUGAUGCCAGCGUACAAGAGGAGGGGGCGGCCGCAGAAGCACCUCAAGGCUGACGACACCGACGAGGAGGAGCAAGACAGUGCCAAGGUCGAGCCCAUGGAGGACAGUGACGGCGUCAAACCGGCCGUGCCGGGCAAGGGCUCGGCUGAGAACGGAGGGAAGAAGCGGAGGCGUCGGCAACCGAGGAAGCGAGGCUGCGACCCGGCGGCGGAGGAGAAGGACGAGGCCGUCAAGCAGAGCGGGUUCCGGCACCACGGGAGCCGGCGGAAGAGCACCCCGCGGCGAGCAGCCGAGGCAGGGGUGGAGUGCAAGUGAGGCUCCUGAUUGGAUUGGAUUAGCCAUGCCACUAUGCGAGCCAUGACGGAUUGCAUUUUCGUUUCCUUUUCAUUUUUGUCAUGCUUCCUGUUGUAUAGAUCAAGCGUCAAGGAGUUGCUGAUUCGGCAUGAGCAUGCUGUGACUCUGCUUCCAUCUUAUUGUCCAGGACUCUGCUUGGAUCAUUAGUUGUGCCAUUCCUUGAUGUUUGGAUAUGUGGUGCUAAACUUUAGCAAGGUCACCUCGGAUGUUCAGUAAUCAUUUGCUAAUGAUGGAUUAAUUAGUCUUAA